ACCUAACUAAUAUAGAAGUUGGAAUAUUCACUUCACACUUCCACAUGGUCCGGAAGUUCCUGUGCAUGCAUUCCACCCCAACAAUUGAAUAAUAAGCACCACUUACACACCCUCUCCUCUUGUAAACUAUGUGCCUUUAAAGUUAGUUACCCAAAGCUCAAUCCAUUUCUCUCACAUAUCACAAUAUUCCUAAUCCUAGAGAUUUUAUCGGACACCGUCGAUAACUUAUGACCUUCAAAACCUAAUUUCUCAAGGAUUAUAAAAAGAGGAUUCUAUUCCUCACACUCUAUGUGAACGAAUUAUUCCUUGUAGUUUAGAUUUGGAUCAUGCUAAAAGUAGGCUACCAUAGUGAUAAUCAUCUUCUUAUAUGCUUAGCUUUAAAUUAAUAUCUAAGCACUAAUUGUGUGAGCAUAGCAUGUGAAAAAAACUUUUUAACACAUCAUAGAGAGCGCAACUUCGAUUACUUCUGAUCAACUUUUUUGCUAUGGCUAAUAAGAUGGUUAUCACCCUUGGAGGUUCGCGAAAGAGAAAGAAAAGGGAGCGCGUCUUUAGAUUUGAAACCUUUUGCGAACCAGGACACCCUGCCCUUUUCGAUGGCUCAUUUCAUGAGAACAUGAGAGCCCUUCUAGGGUUCGGGAACUCGGAGAGUGUCGCACAAGGGGAAGCGCAGUGUUGGUCGUUUCAGCUCGAACUGCACCACCAUCCUUCUAGUUUAGUAAGGCUGUUCAUUGUGGAAGAGGAUGUCGAAAAGUCUCCCUAUCGUCACUGUCGCUUAUGUCGAUUCGUUGGUUGGGGUGGAAAUAUGAUCUGCAACAAGAGGUUUCACUUUGUGCUGCCCAAAAAGGAAUCAACAGUAGAAUCUGAGGGGCUGAGCAUUGAGAUACAUGAAAAUGGUUUGGAAAAAGCAGGACUAGUAUCGAAAACGACGAGUCCAAAAAGAAAUAUGAUGCAUGGUUUGAUGCAUUCGAAUGGUUUCGGCCACAUUGUAUGCAUAAAUGGCUUUGAAGGGGGUUCUGAUCUUGUUUCCGGGCAUCAGAUCGUAGACUUAUGGGAUCGAAUAUGCGUCGCAUUGCGAGCAAGGAAGAUAAGUCUCAUUGACAAUGCACGAAAAGGAAACAUGGAGCUCAGAUUAAUCCAUGGAAUAGCCUACGGCGGAACCUGGUUUGGUCGAUGGGGCUACAAAUUUGGCCGAGGAACCUACGGGCUCGAUCAACAAAUGUACCAGAACUCUCUUGCGGCGCUACAAUCUCUUCCUCUCUACCUACUCGUCCCUCGCUUGGCCUAUUCAGCUCACGAGAUCCCUAUGAUUAUCGGUAAAUACCAGAACAUCAGUAGCAAUGUACUCCAAACACUCGGGGAGUUAUUCCACUUCAUGAUAGAGUUGAAGCCCCACCUCCCUACAAAAUCGCUCACUGCGUUGGAUUACCAUGGGAUAUACAAUGAGGCCAAUUGUAGAUGGUCGAUGAAACGAGUAGAGAUGGCCACGCAGGUGAUCGUCGAAGCACUGAAGAAGAAGUUCGAGCUUAAAUGGGUCACAAGGCAAGAGGUGAGGGAUGCCGCGAGAGUUUAUAUUGGAGAUACCGGCCUUCUCGACUACGUUCUCAAAUCACUUGGAAACCAGAUAGUUGGAAAUUACAUAGUUCGUCGAACUGUGAAUCCGGUGACCAAAGUAUUAGAAUACUGUUUAGAGGAUCUAUCCAAUGUUUUACCAAAUAAUUUAAAUGGGAAUAAGAUGAAGUUGAGGUUCCAAUUAACCAGAGUUCAACUCAUGAGGGAUUUGUUGCACCUAUACAAGCACAUACUUAAAGAGCCUGGGGUAGCAUUAACCACAGGGGUAUUUGGGGCAAUUCCAGUGGCAGUGAGGAUGGUUCUAGACACUAAACAUUUUGUCAAGGACUAUCAAGAUGGUUUACAACCAAAGAAGUAUACAAUUGGAUGCCCUAAUUGUACAAGUCUAAAUUGUACAAUUCAUGUGAAAAAUGUAGGACCUAAUGAAGGAAAGAACAUCAUGAAGGAUUUGCCUCCUUAUGAGACUAUAGCUAUUUCUACUAAUGCAACUAUUGCUGAUCUAAAGUUAGAGGUUCAAAGAUAUUUUAGUGAGAUGUAUUGGGGCUUGAAGAGCUUCGUCGCGGAAGUAGUGGUCGGAAUUGGCGGUCGGGACGAAGAUUUGGUCUUCGGUUUGAUUGAAUCGGGAAGUAUAGUUGUUGUUGAGGGAAGAGUUGAGGGAAAUGGCGGUCAGCUCGAGACUUACGAAGGAGGAGAUAACAAUAGUGUGAGCGUUGAAUGUUUAUGCGGUGCGCGGGAUGAAGAUGGUGAGAGGAUGGUUUGCUGUGAUAUCUGCGAGGUUUGGCAACAUACAAGAUGUGUAGGGAUUCCGAAUGAGGAAAAUGUGCCUCAUGUUUUUCUUUGUAAUCGCUGCGAGAACGGUAUAGUUUCUUUACAUUCUAUUAACUGUUAGCGUGUAUAAUUACAUGCUUUAAAGUGAUUAUCAUGAGAAAGAACGAU